AUGACCAUUAUCGUCAAUGUUAUUGUCACUGUCACCGUCAUCAUUUCUGUGGCUGUUAUUGUUAACAUUAUUGUUAUCGUUACCAUCACCGUUACCGUUUGUGUAAUCGUUACCAUUACCAUCACCGUUACUGCCACCGUCACCAUUAUUAUCACUGUUUCAAUUACCUUUACCGUUACUGAUACAAUUACCAUCAUCGUUAUUGUUACUGUUACCGUUACUAUUACCGUCACCGUUACCAUUACCAUUAUCGUUACUGAUACACUUACUGUUACCAUUACCGUCACUAUUACCAUUAACGUCAUUGUCCCCAUUAGCAUUAUUGUUACUGUCACCGUCACCGUUACUGUUAUCAUCACCAUAAUUGUUACCGUGACCAUUACCAUGACAAGUAUAGUUAUCGUCACCAUUACUAUCACCAUGACCAUCACUGUUACCGUCACUAUGACCAUCUCCAUCAUCGUUAGCGUAAUCGUCAUGGUCAUGGUCACGGUCACCAUUACUGUAACCAUCAUGGUCACAAUCACCGUCAUUGUCACAGUGACAAUCAAUGUUACAAUCACUGCUAGUGUCACCGUUACCGUUACCAUUACCAUUACCGUUAUCGUUAUCGUCACCAUUAUUGUCCCUGUUACUCUCACCGUUAUCGUUAUUGUUACCAUCGCCGUUACUGUCACCGUUACCGAUAUUGUUACUAUCACCUUCACCUUCACCGUUAUCAUUACCGUUACCGUUACCCUUACCAUUAUCGUAACCAUUACUAUCAUCGUUAUUGUCACCAUCAUCGUUACCGUCACCGUUACCAUUACUGUCACUAUUACCGUUACCGUUAUUGUAACCAUUACUAUCGUCGUUACUGUCACCAUCACCGUUAGAGUUACCGUUACAGUUACCAUUACCGUUACAAUUACCAUUACCGUCACUAUAACCGUUAUAGUUAUCAUCACCAUUACCAUUAUUGUCAUAGUUAUAGUCACCAUGACUGUCACCGUUGUAGUCACCAUUAAAGUCAUCAUAACCGUUACCGUAACCGUUUCUGUCACUGUUAUUGUGACUAUUAUCGUUACUGUUAUUGUCAUCAUUAUGUGA